AUCUGAAUUCAGAGAGCUGAUUGAGAAAGUGAGAAAGCUUCAGUUCAGGGAUUCAGGUUUCUUCUCCAAUCUGAUCAUAUUCUGAUUCAUCUCUUGAAACUCUUAAGCAAUCCAGCUGACUUUUCUACCACUUCAUCGCCGUCGCCGGACAAAAAUGGAUUUGGCCAACACACUUCAGCUUGUCGACCUCCGUUCAACUUUCUUCACCGGCACUGACCUCCGGAAGACCGUCAUCAGGACACGUCUCCAUUCUACAUCCAUAAUCACUCAAACCAAAGCAGUUAACAACAGCGAGAAUCUUCUCAGGACUCGAAAAUCAGUAAGUCUUAAGAUAUCAGCUAAAUCAUCAUCUGCAAUUACGGUUGAUACCUCGGUUGAUGAGACUAGUGUGAAGGAAGAUAUUGAAUCGUUGCUAUCGGACAAUUCAUUAGUCGACAGCAGCGAUUAUAAGCGUUCGAAUAAGAAGUCCAAUACCGGUGCAUCAUCGAUAUCUUCUGGUGUUAGGUUAGAGAACAUCAGCAAGACAUAUAAAGGCACGACGAUCUUAAAAGAUGUGAGUUGGGAGGUUAAAAAGGGCGAAAAAGUGGGAUUAGUUGGUGUUAAUGGUGCAGGGAAAACGACUCAGCUGAGAAUUAUAACAGGCCAGGAAGAACCUGAUUCAGGUAACGUGAUCAAGGCAAAGGAGAAUAUGAAAAUUUCAUUUCUGAGUCAGGAGUUCGAGGUUUCCAUGACUAGAACGGUGAAGGAGGAGUUCCUGAGUGCGUUUAAGGAGGAGAUGCAAAUAGCCGAGAGACUAGAGAAGGUACAGAAGGCAAUCGGGAGUUCGGUGGAUGAUAUGGAGCUGAUGGGACGGCUUUUAGAUGAACUAGAUUUACUUCAAAGACGAGCACAAGACCUAGAUUUGGAUGUGAUCGAUGUCAAGAUUAAUAAGUUGAUGCCAGAGCUUGGAUUUGCUCAAGAAGAUUCAGACAGAUUGGUUGCUUCAUUUAGUGGUGGCUGGCAGAUGAGAAUGUCACUUGGAAAAAUCUUACUUCAGGAGCCAGAUCUAUUAUUACUUGAUGAACCUACAAAUCAUCUAGACUUAGACACCAUUGAGUGGCUAGAGGGUUAUCUUGCCAAACAAGAUGUGCCGAUGGUGAUCAUAUCUCAUGACAGGGCUUUCCUUGAUCAGCUCUGCACAAAGAUAGUGGAAACCGAUAUGGGUGUAUCUAGGACAUUUACUGGAAACUACUCGGACUAUGUUAUUUCAAAAGCAACCUGGAUCGAAGCCCAGAAUGCAGCAUGGGAGAAACAACAAAAAGAAAUUGAGCAUACCAAGGACUUGAUAAGCAGAUUAAGUGCUGGAGCAAAUUCUGGACGUGCAUCCACUGCUGAGAAGAAGCUUGAAAAGCUUCAGGAAGAGGAUCAAAUUGAGAAGCCUUUUAUACGGAAGCAAAUGAAGAUUAGAUUCCCAGAACGUGGAAUAAGUGGGAAAUCAGUUGUUACGAUUAAGAAUCUCGAUUUUGGAUACGAGGAUAAGGUUCUGUUUAAGAAGGCUAAUGCUAUAAUAGAAAGGGGUGAGAAAAUAGCCAUUAUUGGUCCAAAUGGUUGUGGGAAGAGUAGUUUGCUGAAGCUUAUCAUGGGUUUAGAAAAGCCAAAUGGUGGGGAAGUUCUGCUUGGGGAGCAUAAUGUUUUGCCAAAUUAUUUUGAACAAAAUCAGGCCGAAGCUCUUGAUUUAGAGAAAACAGUGCUAGAGACCGUGGCAGAAGUGGCUGAGGACUGGAGGCUUGACGAUAUAAAAGGGUUACUUGGGCGAUGUAAUUUCAAAUCUGAUAUGCUUGAUAGGAAGAUCUCGCAACUUAGUGGUGGCGAAAAGGCUCGUCUUGCCUUUUGUAAAUUCAUGGUGAAACCAUCAACCAUGCUUGUUUUGGAUGAGCCCACUAACCACUUGGAUAUACCAUCCAAAGAGAUGCUUGAGGAAGCCUUAAGUGAAUACAAGGGGACUGUGGUUACAGUUUCUCAUGAUCGAUACUUCAUAAAGCAGAUAGUUAACAGAGUGAUGGAGGUUAAGGAUGGAAACCUACAGGAUUAUGCUGGUGAUUAUAAUUAUUACCUGGAGAAGAAUAUUGAGGCAAGGGAGAAGGAGAUGGAAAGAGAAGAAGAGCUUGAGGAGAAGACAUCGUCUUCAAAACCCAAAUCGAAGAUGUCAAAGGCAGAGAAAGAAGCUCGAAAGAAACAAAAGAGACAAGCUUUUCAGAAUGCAAACCAGAAAUCAAAGGCAGUGAAGAAUUCGAAAAGAUGGAACUGAAUCAAUCAAUCAAUAAUACAGGUUAUAUAUUCAUUCAGAUUUCAAAAACCAUAAAAGAAAGAUAGUUGCAUUCAAUGAUUUGAUUCAUAACAGUAGAGCAGCAAACAGCAUAAUUGAUUGUCAAGAUAAGAUGAAUAUAAGUUUAAAGAUCAAAUCACAAUCCAUAACCAAAAAGAAAGA